AUGUGUCUUUUCCCUGGCUGCUUGAACGCCCCAGAAUUCUCUGAUCUCCACCGGCCAAGCAGUCUGUCCCCGUGCCGCUUCGAUCAUCCCCGUUUCUUCGAUGCUUCUCCGCAGCUACGUACCAGAUUUUCUAUCAAGUCUAGCCAAUACACAGAUGCGCGAGUAUCAUCUCCUCCACCUCUUUCCCACCUUCACCAUCUCACAAGCCGAAGUGGCGCAGGUGCUUUCUGCAAAGAAUUUUUUUCACUAGUAUCUGCCCUAAAGGCAUUUCUCCUAUUUCGUCGCCCUUACUUGUCCAGCUGUGGACUCACCAACACCAUGCUCGACAAGAUGGACACUCACUUUGGUCCGGCCGACGUCGGCCGCUUCGACUUCACCAUCUUGUUCGAGCAUACCAUGCUUGGCCUCGUCCCCACAGGCAUCAUUGUCUUGGCCCUGCCCACCAGGAGCUCUGCUCUGGUUCAAGCUCGCCCCGGCGCUGCCCUGGUCGCCAUCCAGCUAGCCAGUCUGAUUCUUUGGUACCGCGCUGCUCGCACAAUUGUUUCUCUGGCAGCGGCAAUCAUGUCUUUUGCCGCAUCUGUAUGCGUUCUCGCAAUUAUUUACAUCACCUACAUCUAUGCUGUCCAACCGUCAGUCAGCAUUACUGAGCAUCUUCUUGCCCAUCACCAUGCUCUUCGAUAUCACGAUGGCCCGGUCUUACUUUAUGAGAGGCGGAUUGGCCGCCAUAGCUGCUCUAUGCCGAAGCGCAACCUGCUCUAUUCUGAUAAAAUUCGCGAUAAUGCGGGCACGGAGGGAUUCAGCGGCUUUUGGAACCGAUCCAUGCUGAUAUGGGUCACUCGCCUUGUGGUGAAGGGCAGUCAUCAGCACUUGAAAGUGGAAGACCUUCCACCGAUUGGCCAGCAAGACAACCCCGAACAGCUCUACAACCGCUUCACGCCGUUCUGGGAUACAUUGGCAGCUGCCACAAUUUCCAAAUGGCCACUGAUUCGAGCCGGAGUUCGCACACUCUACUGGGAAUUUCUGAACUCGAUACUACCUCGACUAUGUCUUGUUGGCUUUUCAUUUGCCCGACCAUUCUUGAUGCAAUGGACAGCGUCAGCGGUUGUGCGGUUUUGCAGUCUCAAACGAAUGGCCUAA